AUGUGCGGUAUACGUUAUCCUAUCUGGGAUCAGUGCGGGCAUCGCGGUGAUGUCAAGCCUAUAUGGUGCGACAAGAAAAAGGGCAUCGGUUGUCCAAAUGAAUACAAGGCUGAAGACAUCGGAACCAAAGGAUGGUGUCAGAAAUGCACGGAGCACCUCCGGAAGAACCAAGAAAGAUCCCAGGCAGAACGAGAAGCCCAACUUCGUGAAAUGAUCCGGGGUUAUGCUGGAAGCAGAUGAUCUUUACACUCUUCAUAGCGGUCGCACAAGAGGAUUCUUUGGGACAUUUGAAGAAACAUGUGAAAGGCUCCAAGGAUGUAAUUUGA